GAGACACUCUUUAGAACUUUAGAUCUUCAGGAAAACUCUCCGUCCACUGCAGUGCGUAUGACAACCCCUCACUUUCAUUCCUUGGCUCUUUUUUUGGUCAUGUUGCUCAUGGUAGUCCUUGUUACGUUCUACAGCGGAACUUUGCCGCAGAGGAGGCGCUUCGCCUCCUAGUUGUAGUUUCACCACAACACAGCCAAGAUAAUAAAAGGGGGGUCGCCUACCCUACUGCAAUUUAAUCCAAAUUAAAAUCUAACUUAACCCCUCUUGUCAUCAAAUUGAAUUUGAAGUUCAUUAAACAAAAUAGAUUAAGAAGAUGACUGGGGCUAUUGGGCGUCACUCAGUGUGGUUCCCUACUUUGCUCAUAAUGAGGGACACUACAAUUUUCGUCACAGGAAUACUGGAUAUGCCGGAAAGCUUUGAGGCGGGCGUCGACUUCGAAAAUUAUGGCUAUAUAAGUAUCACUUUUGCUUCAUUACUACAGUGGCACUAGGUACCUCCUACUAUGAAUGUAUGGGAAGCUGCUACAAGAAGCGCAAAUAAGAUGCACCACAGGAAUAGAUCCGAUAACUAGCAGUAGUUGAUUAUCGCCUCAUGUAGCCUAUGCUGUUCCUGUUUCUGCUGAUGAAAUAGAGAUACGAAAUUUUACAUGCUUCUAAGAAAAGAAGGAGAAGUGGCAGCGGGCGAAGCCGUAUCUUCCCUGUCCAGUGUGUCAGGUGGUGGUGCACGAUUUCAUCUCGACCCAGGUGAAAGAGCACUAUGUUGCGGACUACCCGGAAGGUGUCUCGACGCUUGAAGACGUUGCUGUGAAACCAAAAGACACUCCUUAUGGAUCAAGGCGUUUGAUUAGUUUGUUGUCCUAGUCACACCUUUGUUUCUAGCUACCAGGAUGUAGAAGUACUGCAAUCCUGAACCCUACUUCACCAGGAUGUAAUACUAUUAGUAGUACUGGUUCCCUGCAGUAUAGAAUUGAAAAAUAGGGCGACUUGGACUGCACCUUUUUUCAUCUCAGAUGCAUAAGCACGACCGCUAAUUUUUUAAGCGUCCCUCGCUUUCGGAGAUCGACGACGAGGCAGUGAGUGAGGAUCGAAUUUACGACUACCUAGACGUGAUCUGCCGCAACGAGGAGCUCUGGGGACGUUAUCUCGUACAAGACACCAAGAGCCCAAAGAAAGGGACACCGAAAUUCGAAUUGGUGCAGAGGUAUCGACAUGGCAAGAAGAAACUAUGUAUCUAUCAUUUGCCUAUGAAAGAGAUCCUCUCUACUCUUUCUCGCGUCUCAUGCAAAUGAAUAACUUUCUAACUUUGUUCAUAAUAUUUCUACUGCUUGCUCAACAUGGUUUCAUUUGCUUUUCUCAUUCUAAACUUGAUGAAUACAGCAAGAACAAGGACGUGGAAGCUCAUACCAAAUAAAGUACAGUUCUUCUUCUUAAGGAUGUUACCUCAAGUAGUGAAUACUGUUCUUACCGUACCAUUCCCAGAACGAAAUGGAACGAUCCUGCCAUUGCUGAAGCUGAUGAUCUGGCAAAGCAGAAGUACGACGCAGAGGGUUAUAAACUCCCAGCUGGUCAAGGCCACAAGUUCUGGCAGGCACACGCGAUGAAAGAAGUCUGCCUUGAGUAUGAAUGAAGUCUUUUCCGUCCUUCUUGCGACAGACUGUCCCCUCGGCUCUUUAUUGGUUCUUUUUUUUCCCUUAAGCAGGCGCAAAGUAAGAAGUGUAGAAGCAUAUCCGUAACGUGAAGUAGAGGGUCGUCUAGUUGUACCUGGUACAAGGGAGAUGGAAAGAACUUCUACAUUCUUCAUUUUGAAGGUGUCAAAGGAAACGACGAUGACCUAAAAGACAUCUUGACAGACUGGUGGAGACAAUACCUCGACAACCUCGCAGAUUCCGACUCUAGUGCGGCGUCAGCAUCUCGCACUUCUUCUUCAGGACUCGCAAUAGAUCAUGACCACGACUCUUCCUCGUCUUCCAAGAGCAGGAAGCAGGCAGCGAAGCGAAGGAAAAAGCUGAUGCCAAGAGGACGAACGGCAUUGAGUAAGAAAAACUAUCCGGUGUCGAUGGUGGCGAUGCAGACAUGCGUCGCCAUGAAACAGUGCACCGGCGACGCUCCAAUUAAGCAGGGCUCUCUUGACAUCAACGAUUCUAAUGAGCCUACUAAAGUGUGGCACUUCUAGUACUCUGUUCAUCGGGGUUGCUUCUUUCCUUAUAAAAUAUAUAAUUUCAAUUCUGAAGAAGAUCAAGAUAGAAGCCUGUGAGGCAAAAGCAACACUACCAGCUGUUCCAGUAAAAACAGUUUGAUGGAGGCACUUUUCGUAGAGAUGGUAUAAUUUAAUAAUCAUAAGCACCUCCAACGCAAGCGUGGCGCAAAUGACGUAUAAGCUUUUCCACCCCAAAGCAGCGGAAGAAGGGCGUCCGACGGAAGAUGCAGAGCUUGACUCCCUUGAUGAUGAGAUGUGAAACUAUAUUCAUGACGAACAGGAACACAGCGCACGAGGACCACGAGAGAGAAGAAACAAAUGGGGACAAUAGUAGAUGCAGAAGGCGAACGAGACAACGACGAGUAAGGAAACAUUAACAUAGUGUAAAAUUGAUGAAGUUCAUCUCUUUCAUGAGAAGAAGGUCGUCCUCCUUUUUUCAAAAGUCUAAUGAACAAUGGUCAUUGCCGUCUGCGAGAAUUACCGUAAUUUGGGCGUGAGUGACAUGUUCACAUAUUUGUGUUUGAGACACCUUAGGAGUAGA